CUAAACUACCAGCAGCAGCAUGGCUCUGCGUCUACCCGGAAAGGGAAACUUCAAGCCAUCCAAGCCCGUCAAGCCUGGUGCCGGCGGUCCUCGUCGACCACCAGUGCCGGGCACGGCGGGCGCGGCAGCUCGCCCACCGGCGGCGAGACCUGGUGCUCCGGCGCCGAAGCCACCAGCCAAGCCCCCUGCCCCGUCGCAGGAGAAGACGGACGAGGAGCCAGCUGCUCCGCCUACUGCUGUUGACACGCCACCGGCCGUCCCGCCGACCAUCAGCGCACCUCCUCCCGUUGCUGCUGCCGCGCCCCCGGUCGUCGCGCCUGCCGUCGUGCCAGACCUUCCUCCCGUACCGGCUGUCGCUCCUACCGACGAGCCCCCAUCCGUCGCCCCAGUUACUGAGGCUGCACCACCACCGGUGCCCGCACCCGCACGCACGUCGGCUGCACCCACUGCCGCACCUGUCCGCAAGCCCCCAGCACCCCUCAAACGCGGCAUCACCGCAACACCAUCCAAGCCAAAGCCCAAGCCAACGCUCGUGACCGCCGCCGCAGCAGCAGCAAAGGAGAAGAGUCGUGCGGGAUCGGAGCGCCCCUCGGUUCCGCGUGCUUCUCUGCCACCUACGCAAUCGACCGAGUUCGAGUUCUCCCAGACGCAGAAGCCUGAGCCUACGCCCACCCAGAGUACUUGGGCCCCGCCAAGCGUAGCAUCCAGCCUGCCGCCAACAAUCGCUUCUAGCAGCUUGCCGCCUGCUGUUUCGUCACAGGAUUCCUUCCUCCCGCCCACCGUCGCGCCUGCGUCGUCGCCCCCACCAUCGACGUUCAACGACGAGCCGCCGGCCGUUGUUGCACCGUUGUCACCUGGACCGGCGUCCCCGGUUCCCGAGGCACCCGACGCGGCGUCAUUAGCCGCCGCUGCGGUUGCGAGUAUCACUGAGGACUCGCGUGCGAAGCGCCGCGCCGCGAGGGCUGCACUGGAAACGGACGAGGCUGAGGGUUCAACGGCACCGGCCAAGCGACCCCGCCGCGGGGCGGGCAAGGCCAAGGCCCGCAAGGCUGCCGCGGAUGAGAAUGACGGAGAAGAAGACGAGGCGAACGGUGGCCCGUCGACUGCCGAUCCCAGGGCUCGCGGCGCAGCCUAUGCGUCGCGUGGUCGUGCAGGUACCGCCGGCGACCGCCGCCUCGCUGCCAACCGGAACAAGCCUCAACUGUCGCACCCCGAACUCGAUGGCGUGCAGGCUGACGAAAUGGUCGGCAUCGAGGUCAACCCGACAGUCAUGACCAUGAAGGACCUUGCUACGACGCUCGUGUCUCAAGGCCGCGUGUCUGCACGUACCAUCAAGCUGCACGAGUUUCAGCGUGGGGAGGAGGAGCGCAAGCGCAAGGAGCGGGUGGAGAAGGCCGAGGCGACGUGGAAGCGUCGACAGAUUGUCCGUCGCAAGGCGCGGCAGAUUAAGAAUGCCAAGCGCCAGCUACGCCGUGCCGACGCGCGCAAGCGUGGACAGAAUCCCGACGACGCGGUCUCCGACGACUCGGUCGACUCAGAUGAGGACUACGAGGUUGAGCCUGAUCGCCUUACCCCACCUGGAUCACCCGUCGCUGCGGAACGUGUUGCGCCGCUGCGCCUGGACCCGAUCGAGGUGGAUGAGCCUGAGAAUGGAGCAGCAGGCGCACCUGAGCCCGCGCCGUACGACCCCGAUGACGACCCGGAAGGCCUCGGGUUUCGGAACACGAACAGCAAGGACGAUGACUUGGAGGAGCUCGAGGAGAUGGGCGAGGUGCUCGAGGACUUCCAGCUGCCUGUCGAGGACGACGACGACGCUCCCGACUUCUCUGGUCUCCAGUACGCCGAAACGACUGGCGGUUACUUGGACGAAAACGGCGAGUGGGUCGACACCAACAUGGACGACUAUGCGACCCAGAUCGUGAACCGCAAGGCUCAGGACCGCCGCAACAUUCUCGAGGGCAGCGGCGCGUUUGGGCGUGAGGUUGAAAUCAUCGACACGGACACGCAGUUUGUCAAUGCUGCGACGUGGGGCAAGAAGGUGGCCAACGAUCGCUGGACAGUGGAGGAGACGGAGCUGUUCUUCAGUGUGCUGAGAGAGACUGGCGAGAACUACUCGCUCAUGAAGGCCUACUUCCCGGGAAGGACGAUGCGGCAGCUCAAGAACAAGGGGCUGCGCGAGAACCGCGAGAACCCCACGCGGAUGAACGACGCAAUCUUCAACCGCAAGCCGAUCGACAAGGAGUACCUGACCAAGUCGUCUGGCUACAACGCAGAGCUUCCGUUUGAUCGCGAGAAGGCCUUCUUUGAGGAAGUGGCUCAGGAGAAGGAGCGGGUGAUGGCGCUCGGUCCACCUGAUGUGGUGCCGCCGGAGGGUGCGGACGGCGUCUUGGGACCCGAGCAGCGACCGUGGGUCAACCCGGUCGAGGACUUGGAGUUUGGGUCUGGGUGAGUGAGACACACUACCCAGUUGCAUUCGUUGUAGCUUUCUUAGACAUGC